AUGGUAGGCAAAUGUGUAGGCAUGAUCGUAUCAGCGUUACUGCUGCACAUCCUUCUCUCGGGAACUCCACAAACGGAGGCAUAUCAAGUGAGAAAGGAGAUCAGCUUUAACUGGAUACGUGACAGUGGCGAUGUGGUCAGAAAUCAAACCGCUAUACUGCUCCGAAGAGAUGGCUACGAAUCGGACCGGAUGCAAGUGCGUACAGACGACGGUUACCUGCUGACGGUGUACCGCAUGCUGCCCAAGAAGUCCCGACUGGGUGUGGUGCUGUUCCAUCAUGGCAUACGCCAGUCAAGCGACAUGUGGAUGUUUCUCGGACCGAAGCGAUCCCUUGCCUAUCAGCUGUACGAAGCCGGUUACGAUGUGUGGUUUAGCAACUCGCGCGCCUCCCCAGAGUCCGAGGGACACGAACGGCUCGAUCGGGACAGUGACCACUACUGGGACUUUAGCUUCCACGAGAUCGGCACCGAGGAUUUGUCUGCGGUGAUCGAUUAUGUACUUGCAGCGACCGACAGAAAGACGCUACAUUUCGUCGGGUAUUCGGAGGCUGGAUCAGCGGUACUCACGCUGCUGUCCGAGCUGCCCGGAUACAACCAGAAGAUGGCAAGUGUGGAACUGAUGGCGCCACCUGCCUUCAUGCAGUACGGACAGUUUGCCUGGAUAGCUCGUAUGGUACAACCGAUACGGGCACUGUUUCCCUGGAGCGUUUACUACACCCGUGACGCACUACCCACCCAGAUCUGUACGCUCUUCCGCAACGAAUGCUGUUUACUAUUCGGUCAGAUGAACGACCGUGGCACCGGGAACGGUACCAGAACGGAACGCUCCCCGGGAUCUUCUAACCGUCCCCGAGCCGGUUGCUUCGACCUGGAGGAUGUCUCACUGAAGCAGCUCGAGCAUUAUCGUCAAAUCAUCGCCAGUGGACGAUUCCAGCAAUUUGACUACGGGUACGCGGUUAAUCUACAUCGCUACAAGCGAGAUCCUCCACCAGAUUACUGCCUGUGGGAUGUGACAGCCCGUAUCGCGCUACAUUACGGCAACAAGGACAAAACGGUUGAUUGGCGUGGUGUCGAACAGCUCGCCCGGAAGCUUCCGAAGGUGGUGGAAUUACAGAAGACGCUGUACAAAGGCUUCAGCCAUCGAGACUUCUACCGGAGCCCAAAAACGCAGACGACCGUCUAUGCAAACAUAUUAAAGUCCAUCAAACGUCACACGACAGCACAAUAA